CUCCGUCGUGGCAAGCCGGUGCGCACGGUCCGGUAUGUUGUGCAUGUGAGCGAUUACGUUUUUUCGGCAUUCAUUUUUUUCCCGUUCCGUUGUUCCGUUCGUCGUCGUCGUUCCGUUUCGUUCGUUUAAUUCUAUUUAUUUAUUUGAUUUUGUUUUUUCGGCGUACGGCGCCGGCCGGCCAAUCAAUCGCGCGGCAAGCAGUCGCGUGCAUGCGUUUAACUCUUUCUUCGCCGCCGCGUGUGCUGUCGAACUCGAUACGGAAAAAACACACACACACAAAACGUCCGAUAAACGGUUUCGCGUACUGCGAACGAAGAUGAUCCGCGACGACUCGUGGCGUCGCCGGUACGGGGACAACGAUACCGCCGCGUCGAUCCGCCGGACCGUUUGACGAUCUCAGUAGAUCCGCGUGGAUACAGUGGUGGGUACGCGUGUGCGGUGCGGCAAUCGGUCGUGUGCUCAAAACAAAACAGAAACAAAAAAAUACUGCGCGAGAUAUCGACAAGACAACGGUGUUUACCGGACACAUCUCUGUCGACACGUUUCGUUUCGGUGACACUAUACUGUUCGGGGGCCGAACGAUAUGAUGGUGAACAUGUGCAAAAACACGAUGAUCGUCGGUGGAGCUAUGCUGUUGAUGCUGGCCACGGAUUUGGUAUCAGGAUCCAUUGAUCACAAAGUACCAGAUGAAACGAUUUCACCUUUAAUUGAAGCUACGUCCAUAAGGGGUCCUUAUUUUGACAAAGUCGCGUCAAAAAAUGUCACUGCGUUAGUCGGUCACACUGCCUAUUUGAACUGCAGAGUGAGAAAUCUAGGGAAUCGGACGGUAUCAUGGGUUCGACAUCGAGGCAUACACUUGCUAACCGUGGGCCGGUACACGUAUACAAGUGAUCAAAGAUUCCAAGCAAUACAUUCACCUCAGAACGAAGACUGGACACUACAAAUACGGUAUCCUCAAAUUAGAGAUAGUGGAUACUACGAAUGUCAAGUAGGCACAACGCCUCCAAUCGGACAUGCAAUGGUUUUAACGGUUGUAGAACCCAUAACAACAAUCAUUGGAGGUCCUGACAUGUUCAUCAAUAAGGGUAGUACUAUGAACUUAACGUGCAUCAUAAAACAUAGUCCAGAACCACCACCACUGAUUUACUGGACACAUGACUCAAAAGAAAUAAAUUACGACUCGGCCAGAGGCGGGGUGAGUGUGAUCACCGAGAAAGGCGAAGUAACCACUAGUUAUUUGCUCGUACAGAGAGCGACCGGCACGGAUUCGGGAAAAUACACGUGUCAUCCAAGUAACGCAAAUCCUCACACCGUCGUUGUACACGUUCUUAACGGAGAGCAUCCGGCGGCUAUGCAAAAAGGUUCAAAGCUCAGUUUGAAAUCUUCACUAUCAUUCCUCAGCGUCGGUUUGGUGUUAUUUAUUAGCACGUGAUUUAAAAAUUGUAAAAUAUUAUUAAUAAAUUAUAAACUGUACAAUACUAAAGACAUAAACUAAAACUUAUAAGUUGUACAAUUAUAUUAUGUAAUAUUACAUUAUAAUAUAUAAUCAUACCUUUAUGAUUUUCAGUUAUGGAAUGACUGUAUACUCAAAGCGUUGUUUAUAUUAUAAGACUACCUAUGUAGGUAUUUUAAAAGUACUCAAAUUAAAGGAAAAAAAACAAAUUCCAAAACUAUAGGUAUGAUAUUUUGUCCCCAAUAUUUUUUUUAACCAUUUUUUUUAGUUUCGUUUUUAAAAAUGUAAACCUGGUCUAUUUAUUCUAUUUUAUAUGGAAAUUCUUUUAAAGAUAAAAAUAAUUGUACACUUUAAACAGUAUUUUGUCUUCCAACAGUGAUAGUUAUUUUUAACUAAUUGGCACAGUGAUGCUAAAUACCAUUGAGUAUUAAUGUAUUAUUGACCCAAAGAAAAAAAAAUCAUUAUCAAUGAAAUCCAUAUUUCAAAUGUAUCUUAUUAUAUUAUAUAAAUAGUUAAUAAUUUAAUGUAAAAAAAAAUAUCAAAAUUGGUUCUUAAACAAAUAAACAAAAAAAAAAUAAGUGUCUUGUCGAUGUCUGUGGCUUUAAUUAAAUACAUACCUUGCGGCACCACAUUCAUUCUGUUUUUGAAUACUGUUUUUUAUACAUUUUCCUCAUUAAUGUAAAUAUGAUUAUUUUUAAAUCAUAAUAUUGUUAAUAUUAUAAAUUUAUAACUGUAGGUAAAUAAUAUUAAAACGCCUUAAAUUUAGUUGGUGGCCAGAGACGAGGUCACAAACACACAAGUACCUAAAUUCAUUUUUGGUAACUCUAUUACUAAAAUACUUAAUUAGUUCUGAUCUAUUAUUAUUAUUAUUAUUACAAAGCAAUUUGAGAAUCUGUAUAAAAACAAAUUAAAAUUAAUAGAUUUAUCCAUUAUUAACGUGGUUUUAUACAACUUCAAUAAGUUUAAUGAAUAAAAAUUGUAUUAAAACUGCUUUAAAUAAUAUAACUGAAAACGAUAUAAUAAUAGAUUUUAUAUUCAAAUA